UUUUUUUUCUCUUUCCCACUCCACUCCACUCCACUCUACUCUUAACAUUCCUCUACUCACUCACCUCAUUCAUUCUCAUUUCCAUACAUUACAAUAAUGUCCUCUGUUGCUGCUAACCGUGUUUCGGUCAUCAUGAACCACCUUUCCAGCAGUGCUGCCCAUCCUAGUGGUCUUUUGCACGGCCAAGUUGCUAUCGUCACUGGUGCUGGUCAGGGUAUCGGUGGUGCGACUGCUCUUCUCUUUGCCAAGGAGGGUGCCUCCGUUGUAGUCAGUGAUCUCGAUGAUGCCAAGGGUAAGGAUAUUGCCAAGCAGAUCACAGAAGCUGGUGGAAAGGCUAUUGUUGUUUCUGGCGAUGUCACCGAUUUGUCCUUCCCCGAGCGUCUCAUCUCUGAAACUAUCAAGGCUUUUGGCAAGAUCAACAUUAUUGUCAACAAUGCAGGAUUCACUUUUGACGGCAUGCUCCACAAGACAACUGACAAACAGUUCCAGUUGAUGCUCGAGGUUCAUAACGCUGCUCCUUUCCGCAUCAUCCGUGCUGCUGCCCCUUACAUGCGUCUCAAGGAUGGUGAACCUCGCUCCAUUGUCAAUGUCUCUUCGACUUCCGGUCUCCAUGGAAAUGUUGGUCAGGCCAACUAUGCGACAGCCAAGGCCGGUAUUAUUGGAUUGACCAAGACGGUUGCAAAGGAAUGGGGAUCCUUUGGAGUUCGUUGCAACACUGUUGCGUUUGGAUACAUUGACACGCGUUUGACUCGUGCAAAGGAGAACGGUGAGACCAUGGUGGUUGAUGGACAAAAGAUUGCCCUUGGAAUCCCUAUGGGUGCCAAGAAGGAGGCUCCUCCACCAGCUGUUGUCUUUGCUGACACACCCUUGAAGCGUGCUGGUCAGGUCGAGGAAGCUGCAGGAUCUGUGUUGUUGUUGUGCAGUCCUCUUGCAUCCUACAUUACCGGACACACCUUGGAGGUCACUGGUGGAAAAGGCAUCUAAAAGAAGAGGAAGAAAAUAGCAACAGCAGUGUAAAUUAAAGAUAUUUAUAAUUCUUAAAUGAUGGUUCAGAUGGAGGAGAGUGUAUGUAUCUAAAGAAUCUGGGAUUUCAACUGACUAGGAAGAUAUUAAUAAAAAGAGAAAAAUGUAGACAGGUUUUCUUCUUCUCGCCCCACGAAUGGCCC